UUCGGACCAGCAGGAAUCACCAUGUUCUCUGACACAACAAACGGAGAAGGAAGAUCUGCCCUGCCCAUCCAGCGCUGCGUUUUCAGGCUUGUGUUUUUUAGCUGCAACUCCACCCCGUGCUGGUGGAGAAGGGAGCUGUUCCCACUGAUCGCAGGAAAGGGAGGUCACGGGGUUUGCUUGAUUAAAUCACCACAAGCCAAAAGGUUCGCUCUCUCGUUUACUGAGAAUUGCUCACAGGCUGUUUAAUUUGUUCCAAAAAGAAAAGCAAAACAAGAAACAAGCCCCGAGCCCGACAACCAACAGCACACACGGAAAAGCAGGUGUGUCUCCAGAUCUUGGGAAAACAAAGGGCAGAGACAGAGGCAGGAUUUACACUUAGAUGGGAAGUUCCCUUCCCAGCACAGGAGGACAGGUUUGGAAGCGGCUGGGACACGAACAGUAUUUGUUGCCCUACAGUAUCCAGGUGAAGUCUCAUUGCAGAUGAAUUGCUCAAAGAGCCACAUUUGGUGAGAAACACUGAUACGUCCCUGCUGGAUAUCUGCGUCAGUGACAUCAGGCAUAUUGGUUGGCUAUAAGCUCAUUGCUGUCCUCUAUCCAUUCACAAGGCUGUACAGCAAAGUCACUGGACAAAAUGCCAUCCCUGAUUACUGAAGGUCUCCACUGCCUGUUUCUACUGGUCACAGCAUGUUGCCAGACAUCACAAGACUCAAACUUUGAGCCAUUCAUCCGAUAUGUAAUUGACAGUGAGCUAAUAGAGGAAAACUUCCAAUCAGAGAUGCAAAGGCAGAAGCGAAACAUGCUUAUUUUUGACCUUCCCCCUCUGGAGUACACUGUUGACAUUGAAGUAAGCCUUACAGAUUCGUCUUUCCUGGAGCCAGUCAAAGACUAUUUCAAAAAUCUUAAUCUUCCAGUUUCAACAAACAUUUCAAAUGUAGAAAUGGCAGUUUCAAACAUCAACAUUACCACAGUCUGUCAGCCCAGUGGUGAGAACAGUAGCUGUUGUUCCUGUGAAGAUGGAUAUGCCUGGCCAAGUGCGGUGUGCCGUGACUUGAUAACCUGCCCUUCUGUCAGCCUAGCAUCUGAUCUGCCCUGUGGCUACAUGAAGGAAAUGCCUUUCUCCGGGCCUUACUGUGAGCCACAGACUAAAGAUUCAUGUGGUAUGGGAGAGCCCAUUGUAAUGAAUAUGUCAGUCAGACUUGACACAGACUUUCGGGAUGAUCUCAGGGAUUCUUCUUCCAAACUAUACAAACAAUACAAAGCUGACCUUGAAAAAGCGUUUAAUGCUAGCUACAGAUGUUUACCAGGCUUUGUAUCGGCAACAGUGACUGGUUUCAGGCCUGGAAGUGUUUUUGCGAACUACGAAGUAAAAGCAGGAACUGUAAGCUUUGAACAGCUAGCAGAUGCCAACAAAGUUACACCACAGUUUCUAGAUUCAUCGUACCAGCUAAACCCAGCUACGUACACAGCAGAAAUAACUAAUCAAACAAACUUCAUUGUGAGUCCUAUAGACAUUUUUGAAGGGGAUACAGUAACACUGAUUUGUGAGAUAAAUUCAACAUCUAAGAAUGUGACCUGGUAUCACUUCGAUCAGAUCAUCUCAACCUCCAUGCGAUAUUCAAUGGAGAAAAAAGUUACAACGAAAAACUCAAGGUCGACUCUUAAAAUUGCCAGCAUUACGAUGAAGGAUUCUGGUUCCUAUAAGUGCACUUUCACAAACAGUGAUCAGUUUAACACACUGAUAUACAAGGCCACGAAAACAAUAGCAGUGUCUCCACUAUACAUCACUCCAAACUUAUAUGACAUCAAUGUUACAUGCAACAGUCCUGAAAUGCAGGCAAGUGGUCCUCUGCUGUCCUGUUGUAUUGACAAACACUUACCAUCACUUACUGGUCACUGGGAAGUGAACGGAGCAAUCAAUAUUACAGGAGUCUCCAGUUUCAGUGACAACUGCACUGAAUACAAGCUGAACAUCAAUGAGUCACUAUGCCCACCUGAAAAGUCAGGUACAGUGACUACAUACACAUGUGAGCUACAGACUGGAUAUGGUGCCAGGCGCAGUGAAAACAUCCGAGUGACAUAUUUCCGGACAGCCCGUGUAACAAUAUCUUCAAGUGUAAACUCAGCAGUUUCAGAAGGAUAUGCGUUCAAUCUAACAUGUGAAAGUGAUGUGAGCAAUUAUGAGAGUAUCAGCUGGAAAAUCCAGUCUGGAAAUGACACAAAAAUAGUAGACUGUGAUGCAUGCAUCAAAGCCAGCAAAUUUCCAGCUACAUCUGUGCUCACAGUGAAGACUGCCACACAGGACUGGAGCGGUAUCUACAUCUGCACACUGUCCCAGAAGCAUGCAGAGAGUUCUGCCAAUGUGACAAUUGAGGUUAUUUCCUUGCCUCUGAAGCAGAACAUCCUGAUAGACCCCAUUGCAGCACCUAUGAGGUGCAAAACACAACAAGCCCUCGAGUGCUGCAUAAGUGCUAACACCAAGGAAGAUUACACUGUUACAUUUGUGGUUCAACAAAAUGAACUUCAAGUUGAGAAAAAGAAAAAGGGAAAUUUGUUUUGCUACAUGUGCAAUUACACAGAAACAGAAUGCAGCAUGACAAAAGAGCUCAGAGCACAUUGCAAGUUCAUUAACCGCAUUGGACAGGAAGUCAACAGUGAAAGUGCAAGACUGCACCUGAUAGCUGAUAAGGAAGUUUCCUGCUCAGACAGCUUUGGGAUUGGAAUAGAAGGAGACACAUUAAUAAAGCCAUGCUGUGAGUCGGAUAAUCCAUAUGGUUUUACUCGAGGCAGUAAAAGUUACAAGUGCUCUGGCAAGUCCUGGAAGCUUGAAAGGAAUGACUGUCUAUCUGUACCAAUAAGCAACCUGCUGACUAGUGCUGAGUCCUUGGUCAACAGUCCUGAGGCAAAAGCAAACCUACCUAACUACCUUGCGGAGCUUAAGGAAAACACAGGAAAGGAGCAAAACAUAAUAAACAAUUCUCCUGCAAACCUAGGCGCAAUUGUUACCAUCCUGGAUAUGAUCUCCUCUAUCCCAGCAGAUGCAGAGGAGCUCACUAUUCAAAAUUUCCUCUCCACAGUGGACUUCAUUGUUGCUGAUUCUACAGCUAAAGUUUGGGAAGACCUGAAUAAAGAGGAGAUACUCAAAAGUUCUUUGCUACUUCAAUCAGUAGAAAAUUUUUCCCUGCGUCUCCAACCAGUUAAUAAUACCAUUCCUCCUGUCUCUGCAAACAGCCUUCAGCUACAAGGUAUAGUUGUCACAGAAAACAGCAACAUGGAUUAUAAUAAGAACUUUCGCAGUACAGAAAACCUCACAGUUAAUGUGCUCAUUGAUGAAAUGGAGAUUCAGACUCUAACCCAAAAUUCAACCAUUGUCAGUGUGAUGUACUCAAAACUUGGACAUAUUUUGCUCCAGAAUGAGUCUGAGUAUCUGAAUGGUUUACUGCUAUCAACAACAGUGAGCAGCAACAGAAGCCAGAAGUUCGAUAUUAAUAUGACCUUUGCAAAGAAAAACUUGUCUCUAAAGAUGCCCCGGUGUGUCUUCUGGAACUUCACACUCAACAAAGCUGGAGGGGGCUGGGAUACUAAUGGUUGCACCCCCACAGAAGUAGAAGGUUAUGUCGUUUGCUCCUGCAAUCACUUGACAUCAUUCUCCAUUCUGAUGUCACCUGAUAAAUCCUCCCAGUUAAUCUUUGAAGAUUACAUUACCUACAUUGGCCUGUCUAUUUCAAUCUUGAGUCUGGUGGUCUGCAUUAUAAUUGAAUCUUUAGUCUGGAAAUACGUGACAAACAACACAACCUCCUAUAUGCGCCAUGUCUGUAUACUCAACAUAGCUACAUCACUUCUGAUUGCUGAUAUUUGGUUCAUUGUCACUGCCUCCAUCAAUGACCAAAACCAACAGAUGAGCAGAGGUAUCUGUUUAGUGGCCACCUUCUUCAUCCAUUUAUUCUACCUGUGUGUCUUUUUCUGGAUGCUCAGCCUGGGCCUCAUUCUUUUCUACAGACUGGUCUUCAUCUUGCAUAACACAAGCAAGACCUCCCAGAAAGCAGUGGCAUUCUGUUUGGGAUAUGGAUGCCCCUUUGCCAUUGCAGCCAUCACCAUUGCUGUCACACUGCCAAGGAACAAUUACACCAGAAAGGAUGUCUGCUGGCUCAACUGGAAGGACAGCAAAGCUCUCUUGGCCUUUGUCAUACCUGCCCUGAUCAUUGUGGCUAUGAAUUUGUUCAUCACUGCAGUUGUUAUAAUAAAAAUACUGAGGCCAACUAUUGGAGAUAGGUCAAACAGGCAGGAGAGGAACUCUUUGUUUCAGAUUGGCAAAAGUGUGGCCAUCUUGACACCCCUACUAGGCCUUACCUGGGGAUUUGGUCUUGCCACCAUCAUCAAAAACAGUCAUCGAAUCUUCCACAUCCUCUUUGCUCUUCUCAAUGCUUUGCAGGGAUUAUUCAUUUUGGUGUUUGGGACUCUCUGGGACAAGAAGAUACAAGAAGCCCUGCUGAAAAGGAAUUCAAUGUCCAAAUGGAGUUCUCAGCAAACAAAGUCAACCUCUCUGAUCCUGGUGACACCAAUGCUUGCUAUGAGCUAUCCAUUUUCAAGAACCUUUAACAACUUAUGUGGGAAAACAGGAAAAUACAGAGUAUCUUCUUCAGAGCCAUCCAGCUCUUCCUCUGAAAACACUUCCAAGGCAUAUUCUUUGCUUAACUGAGGCACUGCAAAUGCUAAAUCACAUAGCUCUGAAAGGACCUCUGCCCUUUCCAAGACACACACAAAAAGUACCUGUGAGUCAUCAAGAAGUGGACUGCUUCAUUUUGAGUAAACUGCCUUGGUGCAUUCUUCUGGAAGAAUCAUUUCUGGUUAACGUGUAAGGCAGGGAAGCUUUCAGAAGUGGAAUUUUACAGGGGCUGCCAAUCCCAGAAGAGAUGACAGGGAUUUGAAGGCCUCUAAGUGCUGGAAAAAGACAUUUGGGAGUGAAGAAUUCUCAGCCUUUAAGAGGGUGCUUAGCACUGUGCAGUACUGAGCCAUGAGUUGCAGCUGUAUAAACAGCUGUUGUCCAGUGGUUUUAGUAUUUCCUCUAUCAGCUCUCAGACUGAUGCCAAAUGCCUGUGUAGAUAGAUACACGAGUACCUCAUAGCUUGUCUCUUGCCCUCAUAUAAGAGUUUGGAAAGUGCAUAGGGUAUAGCGCUCUCCACUUUCUAUUUAAGACUUUCUGGAACUAAAGAUUCACAAUGAAGGUCCCUUUCAGAUCUUCACUUUUAACUUGGGUAAAACGAAGACCAUGAUGAUUCCUGCAUGGUCUUCAGAUGGAAUGUACUGAAAGCUCUCUACUGAAAGCUCCAUGUGGCACUAUUUUUGAAGAAAUGCAAGCUUUAUAUCCUUAACUAUAGGUGUCCUUCCCUUGAUAUGUGGUAAGAGGGAGAUGGUUGCUGCCCUCUACCACAGAGGGAACUGCAUUUAUCUAAUGCAUAGUAGUGUUAAGUAUGUAAAGGAUCUUUUGUGUAAAGUCUGUAUGUUUGAGGGUCCUCUCAGAGGAGCAUCACACUUGGAGGGCUCAGAGAGUCAACUCUGCAGUGAAUGUAAACCACGAUGUGCCAGGCAGGAUGAAAGGUUUUAUAUAAAUUAUUGCUCUAAUACUACAUUUUUGGAAACAGCUAUUUCCAAGCCUGUAUACCUUUAAAGGCAGGACUCCUGCCUAAAGUGGAGGGCUAUGAGAGAGCCUGCAAAGUAUUUAUAGUGCACAAAGAUGUUACAAAUCUUAAUGUAAAAUAUAGUAGGUGUAAUCAUGAAGAUUUAUAUUUGAGGCCAUUAUCAAACACUGCUGUUGAGUGGUACAGCCCCAUAUUGUCACUGGGGAAUCAGGCAUAUGUCUAACAGUGGUGAACCCAUUCCCAGGACUUUGGGAUGAACCAGGAUGUGAAACUGUUGACUACAGUUACAGGCAUGUGCAAUGGGUUGGUAUGGGCAGGUAAUGACUGAAAACAAUAAACAAGCAUCAAUCAAAUGUA